CCAUGGCGGACUACGGCGGCGCAAUCUCUCUCUCCCACCAACCUCUCACCUCCUCCUCCUCCUCCUCCUCCUCCUCUUCCGACCACCGACCCCUCUCCGCCGCAAAACCCAAAAACCUCCUCUCCUCCUCGGUGGAAAGCGUCGGCAAAAAGCCACGUGGAAGGCCACCAGGAUCAAAGAACAAACCAAAGCCUCCAAUCGUUAUAACCAAAGAGAAUGAAUCAGCCAUGAAGGCAGUAGUAAUCGAGAUCUCAGCCGGAAACGACGUCGUGGAAUCCCUCCUCCACUUCGCCCGUAAACGACAUGUCGGCUUCACCAUUCUCAGCGGCUCUGGUUCUGUUUCCAACGUUACGUUACGACACCCAAUGUCGCAUUCCACUUCUCUAUCUCUCCAUGGUCCUUUCAGCCUCGUUUCUCUCUCCGGCUCUUUCCUCUGUAAUAAUACGACGCCGUUUUCCUCUCCUUCCUCUUCUUCCUUCGGGAUCUGCCUCGCCGGCGCUCAAGGUCAGGUAUUCGGAGGCAUUGUUGGCGGGAAAGUGACGGCGGCGAGUCUGGUGGUGGUGGUUGCAGCGACGUUUAUAAACCCAGUGUUCCACCGGCUGCCAAGCGAAACAGAGGAGGAAGGGGAGGAUGUCAAACCCAGCAACAACGGUGCUGAUGGGUCUCCGGCCGCCGCGGCUGCCACCGUAACGACAACUCCGAUGGGUGGGUGCGUGUAUAAUGCUCCUCCAUCUCCGGCGGAUCAUGGGAUGCCGUGGGGGCAGAGCUCCAGAUCAUCUUACUGAAAUUUGCAUGAAAUUAGAAAGUGAUUUAAUUGCUUUUGGGAAAUAGAAAUGAUUUUAAUGUAAGAAAAAAGUGGUGUGGAGGGUUUAGGGUUUAGGGUUUUAUCCACUGGUUAUUAACUUAUGAAU